AUGCUUAGAUCCGUUCUCUUGUUUCACUUCCUCAGCAGUCUCCUCGACCUAUCUUUGGGAGCGACGACAGUGGUCCAAUGGUCGCUACCUAACGAUCUGCAACCCUAUGAACAGAUAUCCGUCUUCGCUGGAGAUUCGAUCCAAUUUGAAUACCCUGGAGAGAACAUCAACGUUGUACGAACUGGUGGUUCGUGUGACAGUACCGAUUCAGAACUGAUCGGUGCAGCAGGUGAAGGAACUGCCUCAUACACUUUCACUGAGGAUCAAAUUGAUACAGUAGUCACGUUUGCUGCCGAUUACUGGAAUUUCUGCGGCUUUGGAAUGAUCAUCAACGUUCUUGUCUUGGCGCCACUGCCAUCUGAAGUACCUUCGGACGCCCCAUCUCUGGUGCCUACUGGCGCCUUUGUCCCAGCGGAGCCGGCUUCGGUCGUUCCAACAGCAUUGGCUGCUUCAGAUUCCCCAACGGCACCAUCGGUUCCUUCAGUUGCUUCAGGGGCUCCAACAACACUGGUUCCGGCAGUAUCUACUUCAGUCGCCCCCAGCCAGGUUGAUCGGGCUGACGACCCUCCACUUCUCGAUACCAUCACUGUUGGAGACGAAACUGCGCUCGAUUGGUCCUUGCCUAGUGAUCUGCAACCUUUGGGACAGAUAACCAUGUUUGCCGGAGAAACACUCAGGUUUGAGUACCCGGGCACUUCCAUCAACGUUAUGCGGAAUCCUUCUGGUUCCUGUGAUGGAAACGGAUCCGAGCUCAUUGGCGUAGCUGGUGUGGGAUCUGCGACGUAUACCUUUGAUGACAGUCAAAUAGAUUCAGUUGUCACAUUUUCCACUGACUACUGGAACUUUUGUUCCCUUGGAUUGAUCAUCAAUGUCCUUGUGCUUGAGCCGCCACCAUCGUCAGCCCCAUCUCUUUCGCCAUCUGCCGCUAUUUCAGAAGCCCCCACUGUUUUUCCUACGCCUUCCCCGACCGAACCUGUUCCAACCAACCUACCAACGGCACUUGCUAAUUUGGUUGUUGAAGAAGCUGUGGUCGAUUGGUCCCUUCCUGACAACUCGGAGCCCUUUGAUCAGAUAUCGGUUUAUGCAAGAGGUACCAUCCGAUUCCAAUACCCAGGAACCAAUAUUAACGUCCUCCGUGUUCCAUCAGGAACAUGUGGUGAUACUACUGGUUCGGAACUUGUCGGUGCACCUGGUGAAGGAAAUGCUGCGUACACUUUCACCGAGGAUCAAAUUGACACAGUUGUCACGUUUGCCACUGACUACUGGAACUUCUGCAACGUUGGAAUGAUCAUUGGCGUUCUUGUCUUAGAGCCACCGCCAUCCGCGGCUCCUUCGGAAUCUCCCUCAGGAACCCCCUCGCUUUCCCCAGUAGCCAUUACGGACAUACCUUCCAUUGCACCAUCCCCAAGUUCUCCGGUCGAUCAACCAACAAUGAUGCCAACAACAGAUGCACCUUUCUCCGACCCCACAGAAACUGAAGAACCUACAAUCGCCAAAAAGACACGGCCUCCUACUGCCACUGAACAACCGGCGGCGGAUGGUGAUAGAGGUACUGCAGCAUCGGCAGCGGCUUCGAUGCUCAAAAGUCUAUGUGUGAUUCUUCUUCCUUUUGCGCUUGUUCUUGUAAUCUGA